AGUAGAGCCCAAAACAAUUAAAAAUUCCAUUAUACCCCAAGAAAUUUUAGUUAAUUUCCCCGAACUUGUUGAAAUAUUUGUUGGGAACUGUGUCUGUGCUCGUAUGCCAGAUUUUAUGUGCUAGGCAAGAUAAUUAUGUGAGGGUGUGAGGCUAGGGAACGCCCCCAAAUUGAAGGGAAUACUUUUUUAAUGCGGGACAAUUGUCGCCGGGUUUCAGUCUUCGGUUUAGUACAUUGCGAACAUGUUGCAGGCGCAGUUAAUUAUUGUGCUCGUGCUCGCCCUGCUCGCCUUGGAGGCGGACACGAUGACGACCAUCCGGUGGCACAGCUCUGGCGCCGCCUUUGAUGAUCCUGCCAGCUGGCUAAAUGAUUAUGUGCCCAGUGCAAGCGAUUUAAUUGUAUUUCCAGCAUAUUAUCCGGCCGUAUUGCCAUUGCCGGCAAAGUUGUCCGUUGGCGGAUUUGUGCUGCCGCGCCUGGGCGGCCUGCUGCUGGCCGAUGACGCCAGCAUUGAGCUGGCAGCUGGCCGGGAUGAGAGACGCGCCCACCUGAGGCCGCCCAAGACGAGCAAAUGGUUCGAUCCCGCCAGCUGGAGCGUCUCCAACUCCGCCAGCUCCAGCUCCAGCUCCUCCGCCUCCGCCAGCGAUAUUUCCAUUGUGCCGGAGCUGGAGCGCGUGCCCUGCGACGAUGAGCACGUGGUCAUUAGCAGCAAUAGCGGCGCACUCUCCUUCGACUUGGAGCACGUGCAAUAUUUGCGCCUCGGUCAGCUCAUCCUGGCCGGCUCCGCCAUAUCGCGCAGCUACCUGCAGGAGCUGCUCAGCCGUGAUCUCGGCCAGCUGCUGUUCCACAAUGCCCAGGCCGUCACCGUGGAGUAUUAUCGCGGCGAGCUCUGCGGCUGUCACAAGGAUUACGAGCACCUGGUCGAGCCCGUCUGCCACAAUGUGGAGCCCGGAUGUCCCCUGCCCCGCUGCGUCGCCCCGCUGCGUCCGUAUGGCGCCUGCUGCUUGGUCUGCGGCGCCAUGAUGCACAUACCCAGCGAGCAGUGCACGGCGGAGGACCGUAAGACGCUGACCACGUUCAUCGGGAAGGCAAUCGAGCGGGCACAGCUGGAGGAUGAGCUGCAGCUGCACGUGGAUUACGUGGGAUCUGAGGCAUUUGGUAACUAUCUGCAGGCGAUUGUCGUGGAUCGACGGGAUUACGGCGAGCGCAGCGUGGACUUUAUGCGCCGCCUGGCCGAGGAGCGUAAUCAGAGCACGUGGCUGGCGCAGCAGUCCAGGCUGAGGAUCUUCUAUGCGGGUCGUCCGUACAAUCCCAAUGUUAGCUUUGCCUCCGUGCUCCUUAUACUAUUCUGCGUGCUGCUGGUGGGCGUGGUGUCGGUGAUAAUGCUCGCCCACUUUCUGCCGGAGAAUCGGCAUCUGAGCCGGAUUCCCCAGUGGAUACACGAUCCGCGACGCUGGCGCUGGCAUCAUCUCGGCCUGCGUCUGCCUCCCACUUUCCUCUUCAAUCGCUUCGAUAAUGCUGCAGGCGGAGCGGGAGCGGGCGGGGAGCGUCUGGCUGUCAUUGGCUACGAUGCGGAGAGCGGCGAGGUGCGCGAACGCGCCUUCAAUAAUCCCAUGUUCGAGCAGCAGCCGGAGCAGGAGCAGGAACGGGAGCGGGAGCAGGCUGAAGCAAAGCCUCAAGCUGUGGAGACGGGCGAACUGGACAGCUGCAGCGUUGAGGAGCAGGAGCUGACCGAAAUCAACUUGGAGUCCUCCGGGUCGGAGAGUGAAGCCGAGGCCGAAACCAAGGAGUGAAACACAAAUAAUUAUACUAGCCUGGGAUGGGCACCCAAUUCCCCUUUCUAUAACUUUCUUAAGGGGAUAAAAGCAGUUCCCUAGGCAAUUAUUUUAUUUUAUUUAUUCACAUUACCCAAUAAUCGAUCUAUAAUAUAUCCUUAAUUAGCCUGGAACUAGAACCUAGCAAUAAGCGGGAAAUAUCAAACCCAGUUUAUGUUUCGUUAAUAUUUAUAAGUUAUCUAUCAACUAUCUGCCUGGAAUUUGAACCCAGUUUCUGUUUCUAUCGUUAUCUUAUCUUAAAAUAAAAGCCAUAUCCGAGGUGAAAUCUAUCAAACAAUUAAUGUGCAAGGUUUUUAUUUUAUUCAAACGCAUGGAAUAUCAUUAUUUCAAACCCGAUAAUUGCUUUUAAUAAUUAACAAACUUAUAUGCCAGUUAUUAUUUA